CUCCUCAUCUCCCGCCACACAUUAAUUAGUCAAGUCAACUUCCACACACACACGCGCGCACAAAUAAGAAGAGGAAGAAGAAGAAAAUAAAUAUUUGUGCAUGCGUAUAGUUGUCUCUGGUCCAGAAAAUACGAUCUUCUGCAUAAUAUAUGUGGAAUUCUAAGAGAGAGAGAGAGAGAAUAAGAAGGAUAUAUAGAGAUGGCAGAUCAAAUUUUACUCCACGGAGAUCUACAUGCAACUAUCUAUGAGAUCGACAAUCUCCAUCUUGGAUUUCUUGCCAAGUUUUAUCAUAAGGUGAUAGAAGGCAUCGAAGAAGCAGCAGGUUUCAACAACACAGCUUCACGGCUCUACGCGACGAUCGACUUAGAGAAAACUCGAGUCGGCCGCACCCGGCGACUUCACGACCACGACUCCAAUCCUCGCUGGGAUGAAUCCUUCCACAUCUACUGCGCCCACGCCGCCUCCAAACUCGUCUUCACCAUCAAGCUCGAUAAUCCCGUCGGCACCAAACUCGUCGGAACCGCCGAGAUCCCCGUCACCGACCUCAUCCGCGGCGAUCCUCUCGACACGUGGCUCGACAUCCUCAACCGCCGCCGCAAACCGAUCCACGGAAACUCCAAGCUCCGCGUCCGCCUCCACUUCUACGACGUCAAGCGCGAGCGCUGCUGGUCGCGCGGCCUCAAGAGCCCUAACUUCCCCGGCGUUCCGUACACCUUCUUCCCGCAGAGGACGGGCUGCAGAGUCACUCUGUACCAGGACGCUCACGUUGCCGACGGCUUCCUCCCGGCGAUCCAGCUCGCCGGCGGGAAGCAAUACCGGCCGCGGCGGUGCUGGGAGGAUGUCUUCGACGUGAUCUCCAAUGCGAAGCACAUGAUCUACAUCACUGGUUGGUCUGUUUACACGAAGAUCACGCUGGUGAGAGACGUGGCCGGAGCCAAGAUAACUCUCGGCGAGCUGCUCAUAAAGAAGGCUAAUGAAGGUGUGAGGGUUCUGAUGCUAGUUUGGGAUGAGAGAACUUCUGUGAAGCUAUUGAAGAAUGAUGGAUUGCUUGCGACUCACGAUGAAGAUACCGGUAGCUAUUUCCGGAACACAAAGGUGCACUGCGUGCUCUGCCCGCGCAACCCCGACGACGGCCGGAGCAUUGCGCAGGGGCUGGAAAUCGGCACCAUGUUCACGCACCACCAGAAACUGGUGGUGGCGGACGCCACAAUGCCUAACGGAAGCGAUCGGAUUAGGAGGAUGGUGAGCUUCGUCGGCGGAAUCGAUCUAUGCGACGGCAGAUAUGAUACUCAGAAUCACUCCCUGUUCAGAACUCUCAACACAGUUCACCGUGAUGACUUCCAUCAGGCCAACUGCCGCGGCGCCGACAUCCGGAAAGGCGGCCCCAGGGAGCCGUGGCACGACAUCCACUGUAAGGUGGAGGGCGCCGCCGCUUGGGACGUCCUCUACAAUUUUGAGCAGCGGUGGCGGAAGCAGGGCGGGAGGGACCUACUCCUACCGCUGCAGGAGCUCCGCGGCGUGGUGGCCCCGCCGUCUCCGGUGAUGUUCCCCGACGACCGCGACACGUGGAACGUGCAGGUUUUCAGAUCCAUUGACGGCGGGGCGGCGUUCGGGUUCCCGGAGGUGCCCGAGGAGGCUGCCCGGUCCGGCCUGAUCAGCGGAAAGGAUAACAUCAUCGAUCGAAGCAUUCAAGACGCUUACAUCCACGCUAUUCGGCGCGCAAACAAUUUCAUCUACAUCGAGAAUCAGUACUUCCUCGGCAGCUCAUUCUCGUGGGUAUCAACCGAUAAUGUGAAAAUCGAAGAUGUCAGCGCUCUGCACCUCAUCCCGAAAGAGCUCUCAUUGAAGAUCGCGUGCAAGAUUGCAGCAGGGGAGGCCUUCAGAGUGUACGUGGUGGUGCCGAUGUGGCCGGAGGGGUUUCCGGAGAGCGCGGCGGUGCAGACCAUACUGAGCUGGCAGAAGAGAACGAUGGAGAUGAUGUAUACCGACGUGGCGGAAGCACUCAAAGCCAGAGGCGUAACCGCCGCCCAUCUCAGAGACUACUUGACGUUCUUCUGCCUCGGAAACAGAGAGAUGAAGAGACACGGAGAAUACGAGCCGCCGUUGAAACCGGAGCGUGACACAUAUUACAGCAGAGCGCAGCAGUCGCGGCGCGCCAUGAUCUACGUCCACUCCAAGAUGAUGAUCGUUGACGACGAGUACAUAAUAGUUGGAUCAGCCAACAUCAACCAGAGAUCGAUGGAUGGGGCGAGGGACUCGGAGAUUGCGAUGGGGGCUUAUCAGCCGUAUCAUCUGUCUUGCAAGAGGCCGGCAAGAGGCGAGAUCUAUGGGUUCCGGAUGGCGUUGUGGUACGAGCACCUGGGCGUAUUGGACGACGCCUUCUGUCGUCCUGAGAGAUUGGAGUGCAUACGGAAAGUGAACGGCAUGGCGGAGAGGAACUGGGAUGUUUACACGGCGGAAAGUGUGGAUGGGGAUUUGGCGGGGCAUCUGCUUCCGUAUCCCGUUGGGGUUGAGUGUAGUGGUAGAGUGGGUGAGCUGCCGGGAACUCAGAAUUUCCCGGAUACCACGGCGCCGGUUAUUGGCGCCGUCGCACACUUCUAUCCGUCCAUCCUCACUACCUGACAUUUCCUCAAAUCAAUCAUCAUGUGAUAUGUGUAUGCUUCACAAAACUGCGAUUUGGUGCCAUUAAUUUAGCACAUACAUGAAUUAGUUUCGUAUUAACGAAAUGUCAGCACGUUAAUUAUGCAUAUUCAAGACUCUAUGUAUACAGUAAGCUUUAGUUUUAAGAUUAUUAAUUAUGAUUACUAA